AUGGAUCGUUCUAGAUACCGUUACUCGAGGACGAGUCGCUCGUUCUCUGAGGGGUACCACCAUCUAGGACUUGUGGGAGACAGCCAGGAUGCAAUUUCACCCUCUAGUGACGACAGUUUUUUGAACGAUGUAACCGGCAUAGUUGGGGAAGAUUCAUCUGCUGAUGGAGCUGUUAUCCGCGCAUUUGCUCUUCCUUCCGACAGAGCUGGGCGUUCUGGAUCACGUUCAAGAGAUACCAAACAAUCCCAUAAGUCAAAACCGGUGGACAAAAACGUGUGUCCAUUUGGAUGUUGUGUGACUGAAAGUCUCGGAAAAUACGUGUUCCAAUCGGGGCUUCUUGAUGGUCUUUAUUCGGAUGUUACUAUAGAGGCUUUUGGCGAGACUUACAAGCUGCAUAAGCUACUUCUCCACAAAUCCGGCUACUUCAGAUCGCUUUUUGAAUGGAAGAACAUCGCCGAAGAAUCAGGCACCAAGGAUGAUAGUGACGAAGAAAAUGUGGCAAGCGCAUCAUCUAAGGAUUAUUACAGGCUUGAAUUUGACGAUUCGAAGAUCACGAAUGCGGCGUUCAAGCUGGCAACAUCUAGACUAUACGGCUCGCCCCACGAAAAACAAGAGCGCGAAAUCCCUCAAAGCAUGAUUGCCAUUGGUCAGUAUCUGGGUAUGCCUGAUGUGGUUUGCCAUUGUACCAACUACAUCGUGAACUCCAUGAACAUGGAUAACGUGGCUGAGAACCUACAGUUUGCGACGCAAAAGAACUACGGCAGUGCGAGUAGCAAGAUUGUGGAAUGUGGUAAGGGAAUCCUUUGUUCUGACGGCUGGCAGGUUGGUGCCGAAAGGUGGGACGGUAUUCCUGCUGAGAUAAUAGCGGAGGUUGUGGGUGAAGAUUACUUUUUCGUGCCCAGUGAGUGGGACAGGUGUAUGUUCAUAAUCAAGCUGAUAGAACAGAGAACGAUGUCGCCAUUGCAUUCUAGAACUCCAUCCAGAAGAGGCUCCAAUGUGACUGUCAGUGAAGCUGACUCUCUGAAAGACUCUGGCCUAUCUGAAUCUCAGGCAGAUUCAGAUAGUGAAGAAGAGGAUGAAGAGGUGGUUGCGUUGAGAGAAGCAUUGAACUCUAAGGUGCAUUUUUGUCAUCUUUCUCCUGAACAGCUCCAAGAUUUAGAGGGCUUCUAUGAUAUGAACGGACUACCAUAUGUCGAUCCUCAUGUUUUGAGGACUGCUCUGUGGCAGGGUAUCUACCUCCAAAGGAAGAUCGUUACCAGCCAUGAUGCACCUCAGCUUGGACUCUCAAUUCAGAGUAAUGAGGAGCCGGAAGAUGGGACAAAAUGGUAUAGCGUUCCCACUCAGGAUGAGACCUGGUCGGCAUUGCCAUCACAGCUUUCGAAAUUUCUCUUCAAGCAUUCUGCUGGAAGAGCAGCAGAUGGUCUUUCCAGCUCUGACUCAGAUCUUAUGGAUGCAAAGACUACAGAUGUGAAGGAAGGCGUGGUUCCCAGGUGGACCAAUCUUCCACCUUUCAGGUUUUCUGUCGCCUUUGCAAAUAUCUCAGAUCUGUCCAAAGACAUGAGGAUUUACGGGAAGACAUUUUGGUAUGCGGGAUCAUAUUGGAAUCUGUAUCUUCAAAAGAAUCACAUGGAGACCAGGGAUUCGUACCAGGUAGGUGUUUAUUUACACAGAGCAAAUAGUUCGUCGCCUGGACCAUCCAGAAAUGGUAUCCCGAACCCAGACAUCUUUGCCGGAACUUCAAACUACUCUCAGCCGCCAAGGCGCUAUACUGGACACAAGCAGAGCUUUGCAGAAGGCUCUCGCGCCCGGCAAAGCCCUGUUCCUAUCAGCUUGACUGAAUCUCUUGUGAGAGAAGAUGGAGAAGAGGAUGGCGAGACUUAUGACGAAGACGUGUUUCAAAGUUUUACUGGCUUGCAUCUGAACCCAGUUGAGCCAGCUAGACCGAACCGGCUGCAGUCUCCCCAAGAAGAGGGGUUUUCCAAAAGGUUGGAAUCUCAUAACGACAGGUCGUUUUUGACCUACGAAGAUACAAGAACAUCGAUCCGGGUCUAUUUUGUUAUCUUCACGCCCAACAGAAAGACGAGACCUUUGAUUACGUCGUUCCUGUCGGUGCCAAAUGACUUCAACAGGUCUCAAAGUUGGGGAUGGAAAAGCAACAGCAUGUGUGUGUUCAAUGAGGAUGGAACGUUUCCUGAGGGCCACGAUCCAAAUAUGAAGUUUACGGUUGUUUUGGGUGCGAUUUAG